CAUAUAUGGUACAAAGAAAGAGCCUUUCUUCCUCACUUUUAUCUUCACUCUCCUUGAACAUAUUUUCCCUCUUAAUAUCUUCAAGGAAAAAAAAAAAACUGCAAAGAGAAGUGGUGUGAGUGAAAAUGGGAGUGGAAGGAACGAUGGAGUAUAUAUCAGACCUUUUAAAGAAGAGGAAGAGGAAGAAGAAGAAGCAAAUGCAAACAGUAGCUCUCCGUGUUGCUCGUAUCGACUGCGAAGGCUGUGAACGUAAGAUCAAACAUGUCCUCUCCGGUGUCAAAGGGGUGAAGUCAGUGGACGUGGACGUAAAGCUGCAGAAGGUAACGGUAACGGGAUAUAUAGACCCAAAGAAGGUUUUGGAGGCUGCCAAGUCAACGAAGAAGAAAGUGGAGUUAUGGCCGUACGUUCCUUACACAAUGGUGGCGAAUCCGUACAUAUCUCAGGCGUAUGACAAGAAGGCACCACCAAACAUGGUUCGGAAAGUCCCCGACACGGCCUCUGUCAACGAGACCACCGUCGAUGACUCUUACACUAUUAUGUUUAGCGACGAGAACCCUAAUUCUUGCGCUAUCAUGUAGAAGAGUGUGCUUUUGUAAAUUAAUUAAGUAUAUGGCUAUAGAUUAUAUUAUACUAUUAUAUAUUAUCGGUUUUGGUAAUAGUACCUACGUAAGAGUCGUGGUGUACGGGUUUGGCUUUACAACUAUUACGUGAGAAAAUCGAGAUUUCUUAACACUUAUAAGGAAUUUAAAUAAGAGGUUUUAUAGAUAGCUAAAUUAUGUUUUGAAAUAUUCUGCUGAUGAGUGGAUGAUAUAUAAUUCAUUCGUUUAGAGUAUAUUCACUUUUUAUUUUGGAUAACUUGGGUGUGAUCCAGUUCAAAGGAUACCAUAAACUCCGAGUCAAAUCGCGGAGGCUUUUUUCCCAAGCUGGUUCUCGGGUCAACGAGUCAUGAGCAGAGCGUGCCUAGGUUUUUGGUGGUCUUAGGCAAAUAAGGAAAAACAUUUUAUACAUAUUGUGAUAAAAUGUCUGAUAAUGUAUAAUUAAAUUUAACAUAUUUUUCAAUAAUUCCUGAAUUUUUGCUUUCACCGGAUUAUCGGGUACUCUUAUGAAAUAGAUUUUCGAUU